AUGGGCUGUCAGUUGGGAAAGCUGGCCGCCUCCGAGAGGCGUGGCAACAACGCUGGCCCCGCAUUAGCUGACGGUCCACCUCCAGCCACCGACCCUCGGCUGCCGCUGACCGCCAAGCAGAAGUACUCCAUGCUGGCCUCGUGGAAGGGCAUAUCCAGGGCAAUGGAGAAAACCGGCAUUUGCAUGUUCAUCAAAUUAUUCGAGGAGAAUCAAGAUCUGCUACACAUGUUCGAGAAGUUCCGCCAGUACAGGACCAAAGAGGAGCAGAUCAACUCCACAGAGCUCGCCGAACACGCUAACAACGUGAUGAACACCCUGGACGAAGGGAUCAAGGGAUUGGAUGACCUGGACAACUUCUUCGCCUACAUCCACCAAGUGGGCGCUAGCCACAGACGGAUACCCGGCUUCAAGGUGGAAUACUUUUGGAAAAUCGAGGCACCGUUCCUGGCGGCGGUGGAAUCGACGCUGGGCGAUCGCUACACACCGAACGUUGAGAACAUAUACAAGAUAACGAUCAAAUUCAUCUUGGAGACCCUCAUAGAGGGAUACGAGAAGGCCGGCGCCCCGAGCAACGCCACG